UUGAAGUUACAAAGGAAAGAAGUCAGUCGCUGUCCUCAUAGGAAGACGUGAUAAUUUCCAUAAACAUUGACGAUGAUAAACAAUAUGAGGCUAGUUUAAGUUUAGACUGUAGAUGCAGCAAUGGAUCCAGCAAAGAGAACAACACUCAUUGAGUGGGUUAAUUCUGUGGAUGAAGAAAAGCAGAUCAAAUCUUUGUUUGAUCUACGAGAUGGAAAGCGACUUUUUGAUUUACUGAAAUUAUUGGAACAGUUUGAGUGUAAGGAAGAAAUAACUGAAGUAAAACAGCGACUAGACUUCAUCCGUGAGGUUUUAGAAGGUGUUUUCAAAGUAAACUUUGUGGAAUCGAAACUGAUUGAUUUUGAUCUGAUUUUGUCAUCUGGUGACAAGGAAGAUGAACACAUUGAAUUUGAACUGGCAAAGGUUCUACUGGCCGUGUUUGGGAUGGCAGUGCAGGAUGCCAACUGUCAACUGUUUGUGGUGCCUGCCAUGAAUCUCAGUGAGUUUAUUCAGCUGAACAUCAAGGAGGUUCUAGAAUCCAUGCUGUCGUCAGCCAGCUCGGAGAGUAUCCUGCCCCCGGACUUUGUUGACAUCCUCACUCGGACAACAGACAACAGUCACGCUCAUCGCGAUGCUACUCUUUUCUUUCGACUAGUGGCACAGGGCUUCCCGACUACGCCCGUGGUUGACCAGUCUUUCAACUACAGUGGUAGCUUUAGUGCAAUGGGAGACUUGAAACAAAGUCCACAGUUGUCACGUAUUGCUAACACCAGCGUCUGUUCAGUGCGUGACAUAUCAUCCCCACUGCGUAUGCUGACCCUGGCUAGCUCCCCCAUCGGGGAGUUCAUGCAGUCCCCCCACCUCACACACAAGAUUCUACAGAGGGAGAAGGAUCAGAGAAGUAAGCUCGAGGUGAUGCUGCGGCAAAAGGAGCAGGAGAUGAAGAGGCUGGAAGUGGCACUGAAAAAUGAAGCCCAUCUUCGCCAGGAACUUGAGCUGGAUCUCAAGGAGAAGUCCAUGGACAUUGACAACAGAGAAAGCAAGAUCCGUGAUCUCCAGAAACAGUUGCAAGAGAUGAGGAAACUGCGUGACCACCUGGACGAGUUGGACACACUGAGGGCUGAGAACGACCUGAUGCAAAAAGAGAUGGACAGGUACAAGUCCAAGCUUGAGCAGAUGUCUGACCUCAGAUCUCAGUGUGCCUACCAGGAAAAGGAAAUCAAGUCACUCAUGGAAGAAAACAGCAAGAACAAGAAUGAUCUGCGCACGAUGGAGUCCAUACAGGCUGGGAACGAGGACUACCGGAUCCGGAACCACCGUCUGACGCUGCAUGUCGACGAGUUGGAGAAACAGCUGCUUCAGAGAGAAGAAGAGAGGAAGAAGGUGGCUUUAGAACAGGAGUCCCUGCAACACCAGCUUGACCAGGCUCGCGAGAUCAUCUCCCGUCAGAAGGAAGACCUCGAGGAUGUUCUCACAGCCCCUGCGGUUGGGGAGUCUAUGUCUGUGGUGUCUGACAAACGCAUCACAGAGUUGGAGGCUGAGCUUUCCCGUCUGCAGGAAACAACAGUUGCCUUGGACACCCACAAGUCAACCAUGUCCCACUUGGAGGAGAUGACUCGCACCCGAGAUGCAUUUGAGCAAAACUACCUGGCUGCAAGGAAGAGCCUCCUGGAAACUGAGGACCAGAUAGCAGAGCUCAAGUUUCAGCUGGAGAAGUAUGAGAGUGAAGUGACACAGCUGACAGAGUCUCGGCGUGAGCUGCAGGCCCAGUUCCGCAGCCAGGCUCAGGUCCUGGCCCAGUCCCAGCUGGAGGUGCAGAAACUCACCACACUGACAGACUCCAACCUGGAGAACAUCACGGCUCUUGAAACAGACCUCAACAAGUCCAGGACAGACCUCAAUCUGGCUAAUACGGAAAUAUGUGCUAUGAAGGAAGAGUGUACCAGUCUUCAAGAGAAUCUCAGUAAGCAGAGAAGUGGAGAAGUCAAACUUAAUGAACGUAUCCGAAAUCUUGAGACUGAAGCUGAGGACACUGCCCACAAGUAUGAGAUGACCCUAUCAGAUCGGGAUCAAAAGGUGGAGGACCUGACCACUCAGCUUGCAGACAUGGGAUCUGAAAUUAAGCAAAUAACCCUGAAACAUGAGCAGGUGGUCAUUGAGAAACAGAAUGAAGCCUCAAUCUUGAGUCAAAAUCUGGCUGAGCUCCAAACAGAAAAGGUAAAAGUCACACAGGAACUUGAAAGUGAAAUUGCUGAAAAGUCGACGGAGGUGGAAAGUUUGAUGCAGAAAUUGACUGAAGUCAGAACCUCAAGUGAACAGAAGCAAGAAAUCCUGGAAACAGAGUUGCAAAGUAAGACAUCCUCUCUGACGCAGGUUUUGCAGGAAAAUGAAGAACUGCAGCAGACAAAGGCUCAGCUCCUCAAAGAACACCAGCAGAAGAUCAGGGAGAAGGAAGAGCUUCAGCAAGCACAGGCUCAACUCCUUGAGAAACACCAGCAGGAGAUCCGGGAGAAGGAAGAGCUUCAGCAAACACAGGCUCAACUCCUGGAAGAACAGCAGCAGGCAAUCAGGGAGAAGGAAGAUCUUCAGCAAGCACACACUCAACUCCUUGAGAAACACCAGCAGGAGAUAAAAGAGAAGGAAGAGCUUCAGCAAGCACAGACUCAACUCCUUGAGAAACACCAGCAGGAGAUCAGGGAGAAGGAAGAGCUUCAGCAAGCACAGGCUCAACUCCUGGAAGAACAGCAGCAGGCAAUCAGGGAGAAGGAAGAUCUUCAGCAAGCACAGGCUCAACUCCUGGAGGAACAGCAGCAGGCAAUCAGGGAGAAGGAAGAGCUUCAGCAAGCUCAGGCUGAGCUCCUUGAGAAACACCAGCAGGUGAUCAAAGAGAAGGAAGAUCUUCAGCAAGCACAGGCUCAACUCCUGGAGGAACAGCAGCAGGCAAUCAGGGAGAAGGAAGAGCUUCAGCAAGCUCAGGCUGAGCUCCUUGAGAAACACCAGCAGGAGAUCAGGGAGAAGGAAGAGCUUCAGCAAGCACAGGCUCAACUCCUGGAAGAACAGCAGCAGGCAAUCAGGGAGAAGGAAGAUCUUCAGCAAGCACAGGCUCAACUCCUGGAGGAACACCAACAGGAGAUCCGGGAGAAGGAAGAGCUUCAGCAAGCUCAGGCUGAGCUCCUUGAGAAACACCAGCAGGAGAUCAGGGAGAAGGAAGAGCUUCAGCAAGCACAGGCUCAACUCCUGGAAGAACAGCAGCAGGCAAUCAGGGAGAAGGAAGAGCUUCAGCAAGCACAGGCUCAGCUCGUUGAGAAACACCAGCAGGUGAUCAGGGAGAAGGAAGAUCUUCUGCAAGCACAGACUGAGCUCCUGCAGAAACACCAAGAGGAGAUAAGACAGAAGGAUGCUGCUUUGUCAGACAUGUCUGUUUGUCUUGAACAACAUGAAGCAGGUCUCAGUGAGCGUGACAGUGAUGUGAUAAGUUUGAAAACUAAUGUAACCCUAUUGUCACAGCAGGUUCAAGAACAGCAGGCGACACUGUCAGAAAGGGAGACACAUGUCAGUGAAUUGACUGAGAAACUCCAACAUCAACAGCUUUCCUUGGCAGAGAAGGAUGCCUCUGUGAGAGAGCUGAUGGAAAAGGUUGAGAGUCUGACUCAUGAUGCUGCCCAGCAACAAACCCUAGUUGCUUUGAAAGAGUCUGAAUUAGAGGAGCUCCAUAGUAUGGUUGAAACCCUGUCCUCUAAUGUUGACACACAGCAGAGUGUUAUAGCAGAAACUGAGACAGUCCUGGCUGAGGCAAAGUCUCAGAUACAGAUGUUAGGAGUUGAGAUGGAACAGUGCAAACUGACAAUUGCUGAGAAAGAAUCUCUUGUUACUAACCUUUCAGAAAAAAUAAAUGACAUGACGAGUGAAAAAAAGACAUUAUUUGACACUAUUACUGAAAAAGAUUCAACAUUAGCAGAGCAUGCUGAAAGCAUUAGACAGUUUACUGUUACCAUUGAGCAGCACCAAAAGAUGCUGUUGGAGAAAGAACAGCUGCUUUGCUCAGCACAAGAGGAACAACAGCAAUGUGAGAGUCGACUCAGGGAGAGAGAUGAGGAACUUGUGGCAAUGAGGCUAGAUAUGGAUGUGAUCACAACAAAAGCUCAGCAGGCUGAGGAAGAUCUGAGGCAACAGCUUGCCUGUGUUAGUGGGGAUAAGGAAGACCUUCUUCUGCAGCUGAAGGCAAGUGAGACAUCUAUGGAAAAAACAGUUGGUGAUCUGAAGAAGCAGCUUGAGGUGAAGCAGCAGGAACAGGCAUCACUGCAACAGAAGAUGGAUGUCAGAGUUGCUGAGAUGCAGGUGCAGCUGGAGGAGGUGGCUUCUCUGAAGGAUGGAGAGACCCGGGACUUUGUGCUGAAGGAACAGAAACUUAAUUCUAAUCUGGCUGAGUUCAAGGACAAGAUAGAGGAUCUGAAGCAUGAGCUGAAGUCUGAAGUGGAAGGAUAUGUGCAGCGGGAGAAGGAGCUGCAGGAGAAGAUCUGUCAGCUGGAACACACCGUUGAGGAGGCUACCAUAAACCAGGACUCUCAAAAGGAGCAGUUUACAUCCAGGGAGCAGUACCUUGUGUCUGAGAUAAGCUUGCUGGAAAGCAAAGUCGGAGAUUUGGAGGCCAAUCUUGAGGAGGUGAAGAGAGAGCAGGUUAGUCAGCAGAAUGAGAUGAUGGAGCAGCUUCAGUCUCUCAGGGCUGAGGUGGAGACUGAAACUGAUACCAUCCAGUCCCUCUCGGACACAGUCUGUGUGAAGGAGAAGAUGGUGGAGGAGCUUCAGCAGAAGGUUGUUGAGAUGGAGAGGCUGGCUCAGAGCAGUGAGGAGGAACGGAAAGUGUUGGUGGAGAAGUGUGAAGCUGAUGUCAAGAACAGUAAGGCUGCAACUGCUGAACUUCAACAGCAGCUGUGUCAGUAUGAAGAAAUGGUUAACACAUUAAAGGAGGAACAUAAAACAGUCAUUGAAAGUAUUGAGGAUGAAAAAGAGGAAGAACUGGCACUUCUUCAGAAUAACUUUGAGGGGAAGAUUGCAGUUCUUGAGUCAAGUCAGAGUGAAAACAUGAAGAAACUUCGAAAGAGUUUUGAGGAGGAGAAAGCCUCAUUGAUCCGAAGCCAUGAAUCUCAGAUUGCUACAGCCACUAGUGCUGUGAUGGCCACUAAGGAAAGCAUCACCACAUUCCGGGGGAGACAGACAGACUAUGAGGACACCAUCAAGGAACUCAAGGAGAGACAGAAGACUCUGGAGGAGGACUACAACAGUAGGGUUCAGGAGUGUGAAAACUACUGGACCAUGCAACUGUCCACCCUACAGGAGGAGUUUGAUGAUGCUAUGGCUGAACGAAAGACCAGCUUUGAGAACCAGUAUAAAGAAGAGCUAACUCGUCAGGAAGAUAAGAUUUCUUCUUUGAUGGAUGAGCAUGAAGGGUCUCUUCUCAGUCAGAAGGCUGUGCUUGAGGAGACCAUUUCAGACUUGAAGGGCAUGAUGGAGAGACAGAAGGCUGAUUAUGAGGAGAAACUGUUGAAGAUGAAAGAAGAGGGUGAGCAAGCUGUGUCCAGUAUGGAAGAAGAUCACAAGAGUAAGUUGGCACAUCUGCAUACCUGCUUGAAGGAGAUGGCUCAGAGCCAGCGAGAGAUGAAAAGCAACCUGGAUGAAAACCGAGAAAAGACAAAACAUCUAGAAACUUGCUUAACAGAGAGGAACAGAGAGUUGGAAGAAAAGAUGGUUGAGGAGCAAAUUGCCAAGGAGGAUGCUAUCCUUGCUGUGCAGAGGGAGUAUGAGAUGAAGAUGGCACAGGUGGUUGAGGAGAAGGAGGGAAAGGUUGCAGAGCUGGAGAGCUUGCAGGAGACCAGGCAGCAGGAGUAUGAGGACAAGCUUGCACAGCAGCAGCAACAGCACGAACAGAAUGUUGCCGAAGUCAGACAGCAGCUGCUGCAGCAGGAACAGCAGACUGAGCAGUCGGGUCAGGAGGUGAAGUGA